CAUGUCGCGCGCGGCGGCCAUCGCCAGCUCGCUGAUGCAUCAAAAACGUCAAGCGCGCGAGCGCGAGAAAGCGAGCGCGUGCCGCGGCGACGGCGGCGGCGACGGCGUGAGCAGCAAGUUGAGCGUGUUCGCACGCGUCAACUUGUUCGGCGGCCGCAAGAAGAGGAAGAGGAGGAGGCCGCCAGAGCCCCAGCUGAAGGGCAUCGUGACCCGCCUGUCCAGCCGACAGGGCUUCCAGCUCCGGCUCCAGCCGGACGGAACCGUCGACAGCACCAAAGACGACGACAGCGCAUACGCCGUGUUCAACCUGAUCCCCGUGGGACUUCGCGUGGUCGCCAUCCAGGGCGUCCAGACCAAACUCUACCUGGCCAUGAACGGCGAGGGCUUCCUCUACACUUCGGAACACUUCACACCUGAGUGCAAGUUCAAGGAGUCUGUGUUCGAGAACUACUACGUGACCUACUCGUCCAUGUUGUACCGCCAGCAGGCGUCCGGCAGGGCCUGGUACCUCGGCCUCAACAAGGAGGGCGCCGUCAUGAAGGGCAACCACGUCAAGAAGAACAAGGCCGCCGCCCACUUCAUACCCAAACCGCUCAAAGUGGCCAUGUACAGAGAGCCGUCCCUUCAUGACCUGACUGAACUUUCUCGAUCGGGCAGCGGCACGCCAACCAAGAGCCGCAGCGCUUCGGCUCUGCUCAACGGAGGGAAGUCUCCUAGCAACAACGACCUAUCCUAACCCCCCCCAAACCCACUUACCCCUCGCCUCCGUUAACUCUCUCUCUCACACACAAACGCUGUGCUGGGAAUCUUAUUUAGUCACCCCCCCCCCCCUUCUCCAUGAUCACUAGAUUUUUAUAAAUGGGACUUAG